UUUUGCAGCACUGUCCCCCCUUCCCGCCUGCGUCCGGCCCGGUCCGACUUUGAACGCAGCCUCCCGGGCCCACCGACGGCUGCUCCUUCCUCCCCGGAGCGCCGCCCUCCCGUCGGAGCCCCUGGGGCUGCUGCCCCUCCGCCGCCCAGAACACCGACUUGUACGCCGGCUGUCCCUGUUUGUUUAAAGGCAGUCUGCCCCGGGGGGAGGCUGGUUUCCCAGGGCGCGUUUUCUUGCGGAGGCCGCCCAAGCGAUCGCUCCUUUAAACAAAGCGGCGGUGGCCCAGAGCUUCCUCGCCAGACAUGGAUGAGAUGUACCUGAGAGACCACCACCACCACCACCACCAUCACCACCACCAGGACAGCCGCCUCAACUCCGUCUCCUCCACCCAGAACGACCUGGUGCAGAAGAUGUCCGGGGAAGGCCUCUCCAGGAACGGCUCCAAGGCAGGAGGGGAAGGCAGCAAGUACAAAAUCAAGAAACAGCUCUCGGAGCAGGACCUGCAGCAGCUGCGGCUGAAGAUCAACGGCCGGGAGCGUAAGAGGAUGCACGACCUCAACCUCGCUAUGGACGGGCUGCGGGAGGUGAUGCCCUACGCGCACGGCCCUUCUGUGAGAAAACUCUCCAAAAUCGCCACCCUCCUGCUAGCCAGAAACUAUAUCCUGAUGCUCACCAGCUCCCUGGAGGAGAUGAAGAGGCUGGUGGGGGAAAUCUACGGGGGGCACCACUCGGCCUUCCACUGUGGCACGGUGGGACACUCCGCCGGGCACCCACCCCACGCCGCUGGCCCGGUGCACCAGGUGCACCCCAUACUCGGCAGUGCCUUGUCCUCCGCCAACACCUCCUCCUCCCUUUCCGCCUCCCUGCCGGCCAUCGGCACCAUCCGGCCCCCCCACUCCUUGCUCAAGACCCCCUCGACCCCCCCCGCCCUUCAGCUCGGCAGCGGCUUCCAGCACUGGGCGGGCUUGCCGUGCCCCUGCACCAUCUGCCAGAUGCCCCCCCCGCCCCACCUCUCUGCCCUCACCGCCUCCAACAUGGCCAGGAUCUCGGGGGAGACCAAGGACCUCCUGAAGUGACUCGGCGGGGAUCCUCCGGCCACCCGGGCUGCGCUCGAGCCGGGGCUUCCACGGGCAAAGGGCGG